AUGGCCGAAGGAGCCCGCAAUGCAGAUUCAGAUCGGGACACUGCCCAGCUAGUCAAAGAACACUCAGGUGCAUUCCAGAACAGAGUAAACACAACUCAAACGGAUAGCCCGCCUAUUCCUGAAACAGCAAAGCCCGAUAUAGAUACCGACCAGUUAAAGGCAGACGCCGGGCUAGAGACACCCGAGCCCGCUCCAGAAACUGAGCCAUCCGUGACAGAGCCCGCAGGAUCUGCUCUCGGCAAUAUUCCUAUUGCCCAUGAGUCGCAGGUUCCAGUAGGACCCACAAAUGAAACAGUGCCGGGCGAAAAGCGUGGCAUUGAUUCAGCUCUGGCGGAAGAUGAGCAACGAAAGCCUGAACCGUCGGAUGGGCCUGAUACCAAGAAACUGAAGACAGACGAAGAUCAUGUCACUGGUUCUAAUGGUACCGCCGCUGCUGCUUCCAAUCCAGACAACAAAGAACAGAAGAAGGCUGGUCGGUCCAAGAAGGAGAAGAUCAAGGAUGCUGUGAACAAGAUUGUCCCAGGAGAUGGCGUUGGUAGCCGGACUCGCAGCCGGACCAAGGGUGCUUGA